AAAAAAAAGAACUGACUAUAAUUUUUGGGUUUCCUUUGAAUGGUUUUCUCUUGCUCUUUAAUGGCAAUUAUGGUCAUUGGUAUAUCCUUUUGUAUUAAGAUGAAUUCUCUAUACAACCAUCUGUGAAGAACUGUUUAAGUUUUGGUACCCUAUUUUUACCAUUGUUAUUUUGCUUCUAAUUCUUCUUUGCUCAAAGAAUUAUGACUAUUUUUGAUUGCCAACCACUUCAUUGAAUAUGAAAGCUUAUGACUUUUUUCUUUUUAAAUUUAUAUUCUUCAAAUAUGGUGUUGUUUUGUAAAUGGGUUUUUUUUUUUAAUGUAUCUAUGUCGAUAAGUUGUUUGUUCAACACACCAAAGCAAAAGAAUGUUAUGUGCACUGAAAAAUCAUGUAUGGUAUAUUCUGUACCUUGUUUUGAGAAACAUAAUGCGUGUGAAUGAAAAUUAAAGGGUAUCCACUACUAUUAGUGUAUGAUUUAUAUAUGCAACAGGUUUAACAAUAUAAAAUUGAGGAAGAGCCUUCUAGUGAAGCUAAAGAAUUGGUGGACUCUUUUGUGGCUUUGGAAGAAGAAGGUGAUGAAUGUUGUGUUGUUGAGGAUGUUGAAGCUCCAAUGGUAUUGGAUGCUGCAAGCGGGCACGAUGUGAAUCUUGAGUAUUCUGAGAGUUUUGUAGGUGGGGUUGUAGAGCCCACAUUGGGGAUGGAGUUUACUUCAGAGGAUGAUGCGAGGAACUUUUACAAUGCGUAUGCUAAGCAAACCGGUUUUAGUAUUCGUGUGAACUCAUACUAUCGUUCAAAGAAAGAUAAUUUGAUUAUAUCUCGAGAGUUUUGUUGUUCUAAAGAAGGGUUUCGUCGAGAGAGGUGUGGUAAAAGGAUAGAUUCAGGUGAUGACAUGAAAAGGAGGCGUGCUAGACCUAUCACAAGGGAAGGUUGUAAAGCUUUGAUGACUGUGAGAAAACGAGAUAAUGGGAAAUGGUUUGUGGCAAAACUAGAGAAGAACCACAAUCAUGAGCUAGUGACUCCAGCAAUGCGGCAUUUUCUUCGGUCGCAUAAGCAGGAUUUUGAUCCCAGCAAAUGUUUGAGUCACUCUUGCAGUUCCCCUGGAAUGGGUCUAAGUGAUCCCGUUAAUGUCUUGAUUAACGAUUCCAACGGUUUUGAUAAAUUGGUCUUUACUGCACAGAAUAGUGUCAAUUACAUCGGAAGGGGAAGGCUGAGCACUUUUGGGAUAGAUGCUCAAAGUCUGCUCAGGUUUUUUAAGGUUAUGCAAGCUAGUGAUCCUGCAUUUUUUUAUGCGAUACAGUUUAAUGAAGAAGAUCGGUUAAGUAGUGUUUUCUGGGUUGACACAAGAUCCAGAAUUACUUAUAAUCGUUUCUCUGAUUUUGUAGCCUUUGAUACUACUUAUCAGGUGAAUCAGUAUAAAAUGCCAUUUGCACCUUUUACUGGAGUAAAUCACCAUAAACAAUCAGUGCUGUUUGGUUGCACAUUGCUUGCAGAUGAGACUGAAUCCACAUUCAUCUGGCUUUUCACAACAUGGCUUGAGGCAAUGUCUGGACAGCAACCUGGCUUAAUCAUAACUGACUACGAUUCAGCCAUAGGUAGAGCAGUCGAACAUGUUUUUCCCCAGUCAAGGCAUCGAUAUUGCAAGUGGCAUAUCAUGAGCAAAAUGCCUAGGGAAAUGGGUGAUACAUAUAGCUCUCUACCAAGAACAUUUCAAGUAGAAUUUGAUAGGUGCAUUAAUAAGAGUGAGACACCUGAUGAAUUUGAAUCUGCUUGGCCAGUGCUUCUUGAUAAGUACAACCUUAGAGGAAAUGAAUGGCUUCAAUCACUUUAUCUUGACCGCAAAUUGUGGGUGCCAACAUAUGUAAGAGACACAUUCUUUGCUGGAAUGUAUGCUACCCAGCAAAGCACAAGUGUAAACUCACUUUUUGAUGGCAAUGUGAAUGCAAGGACUACCUUAGAAGAUUUUGCAGAGCAAUAUGAAAAGGCUUUAGACGAUCGAUAUGAGAAAGAAGCAAGGGCAGAGUUUGAAACCUUUUAUACGAAACCAGUUUUGAAGACACCACUUCCUAUGGAAAAGCAAGCAGCAGACAUUUACACAAGAAAAUUCUUCAUAAUAUUUCAGGAAGAAGUUUUUGAAUCUCUUGCACUUGCUGUCAAAUUCACUGGAGAGGAUGGAGGAAGGGGCACAUAUAAGGUAGCAAGAUUUGAUGAAGAACAUAAAUGUUUCUUUGUUUGUUUCAAUAUAGCUGAACAAAUUGCUAGCUGUAGCUGCAAGAUGUUUGAGUUUGAAGGUGUUCUUUGCCGACAUGUGCUUGCAGUGUUUAAAGCAAAGAAUGUCUCUAUGCUUCCACACCAUUAUAUCUUAAAGCGAUGGACAAGAAAUGCCAAGGAUGAGGCCAUUUUGGAUGUACAGGGCCAUGGUGAAAUGCAAGGCAAUUCUCAGAAAGGCACGAAGUUGCAGUACAAUAUUUUGUGUCAGGAAGGCAUUAAAUGUGCGGAGGAAGGGAUGACAUCUGACCAUAGUUUUAGAUUGGCAUUAAAUGCAUUAAGAGAGGCCAGGAUUAAGAUCGUUGAUGCAAAGAAAGAUGCCAUCAAUCCAAAGAAACUUGAAACCAUGGCCAGCACGAGUUAUCAAGAUGAGAACACCACUACUGCCAGUCACGUGGACAGUUCAUCAGCACCAAUAAAUCCCCUUGAAUACCUGAAAACUUAAACAAGAGACUCUUCAAGAGAAAAUAAUAUAUUAGCACCAGAGCAAUCAUCAAGCAGGGUCACGCUUUGCACUAGUUGUAAGUGCCCUGGCCAUGAUAGCAGUACUUGCUUGUGGUUAAAGGGUUCAAGCCAACACACUUCCCUGGAUAACCAAAAUCAGAAAAUUGCUUACCAACCAGCCCAUGCGGAUAGGAGAAGAUAUUCCUCUGAAUUGAAGGUUUAUUUAUUUUCCCUAAUUGUCUAACAUGUCAGCCUCAUUCCGCUUCAUAUAUUUAAUAAAGGUAAAAGAUCUUUACGAAAAAUUAGCAUUGUAGUCUAACUUUUGUAACUUUAUUCUUUCAAGUAUAUGUAACAUUCCUAUAUAUAAAAAAAAGGUAUAUGUAACAUUUUUGCCUGUGUUCUGAACUCAAAUGCCACUUUCUCUUCCUUAAAUAAUGGAUGGAGGAUAAAGUUGUAGAUUCAAGAUCGAUAGGGUACUUGUCUAACUUACCAAUAAAUAGAAAAGGUAUUUGAAGUA